CGAGCCCCGCCACCGCGCCAGGCUAACAGACUCCUGUGUCGGCACAGGGCUCGCCUGCCGACUCUGCCCUCUCAGGAAGGAUGGGAAAGGGCUACAAGGUGGUGGUUUGUGGAAUGGCCUCGGUGGGAAAGACCGCAAUUUUGGAGCAGCUUCUCUAUGGAAAGCAUACUGUUGGCUUAGAAGAGGGUGCCACAAUGGAAGAUGUGUAUUUGGCAUCAGUGGAGACAGACCGAGGCGUGAAGGAACAGUUACGGCUUUAUGACACCAGGGGUCUGCAGGAGGGCGUAGAAUUGCCAAAACACUAUUUCUCUGUCGCUGAUGGCUUCGUUCUCGUGUAUGCUGUGACAAGCCUUGAAGCUUUCCAAAGAGUCGAACUGCUCAAAAAGGAGAUCGAUGUCUUUAGAGACAAAAAGGAGGUAACAGUUAUUGUCUUGGGAAACAAAACUGACCUCCUGGAGCAAAGGCAAGUGGAAACAGAAGCAGCACAGCAAUGGGCAAGGGCCGAGAAAGUGAGACUGUGGGAAGUGACCGUGACAGAUCGGAAAACACUGCUUGAGCCCUUCACCUUCUUAGCUAGCAAACUCUCCCAGUCCCAGAACAAAUCAACAUUUCCUUUGCCUGGAAGGAAGAACAAAGGGAAUAACUGUGAUAACUAAACUACCUUAGCAUUGUAUGCUGCUGCCAGGUCACAUCCCAAGUCCUUUCCGUGCCAUUUGCUUCUCACAGUUUCACUUAAAGCAAUAAUCUCAUUCAGAAAAAAAAGAUCAGCAAGCUUAUGGCUAAGAGGUAUCAUUCCUUCUCACAGACUUGGCUUGAAAAAAAGUCACCAGUGGUAAAAGCCUUAAAA